UAACAAAUCUGUAUAUUGUACUAGACAAUAAUUUGUGAAUUGAUUGCAUAUCUGAUUUCUAACCUUGUUAAUGAUCUAACUCAAAACUGAAAAGACUCUUCAAACCCUAGCCGUGCAACAAAAAAAAAAUACAAUUUAAGGAUAGCUCGUAAUCAGUUUAAUUAUUAGGAUUUUGAAAAUAGCUCGUAAUCAAUUUAAUUAUCAAAGUAAUUCAGCAACCGUUGUAGAGAUGGGAACCACCACCGCUGGGUUUCUUCAAGCUUAAUACUGAUGUUGCAUUCUGCUUGAGGGAGGAACGGGGUACGGCCUCGUCAUAAGGGAUGAGCGCGGGGAUUUCCACAUGGUGGCCGCCCACCGAACCCGAACGACAUAGUCACCAGAGAUGGCGGAAGCUCAGGCGAUGAUGUGGGGUUUGAAGCUGGCGAUGGCGAAUCAUUUCCACCCGAUGCUGAUUGAGAGUGACUGUCAAUCUCUAAUUCAUAAGCUGGAGAGACCGGACACUAUGAAUUUGGAAAUUCAGGGCAACUGUGAAGAAAUUUUUGACUGGGCAAGACGAAGAGGAGAAAUUGAAUGGCAGUUUUGGGGAAGGAAGGGGAAUGAAGGUGCCCAUGUUAUGGCGAGAACGAAGUGUCGAUGGGAGGAGACAGAAGCAUGGCUUUCUCGACCUCCUAUCUCUUUAGUACCUCAACUUUUUGAAGAUGACUAGUAACUCCAGAAGUUUGAUUUUUAAUAAUAUACAGGCCAGUUGUCAAAAAAAAAAAAGCUAGUUGGGGAUAAGUAAUAAACAUUUUACUACUACAUCGUGUUUAAAAUAUAAAAUCAAAUGAGUUGAAACCUAAUUGGGAUUAUGUGUAAUAAUAGUAGUCAGGGUGGAAAUGCGGUACGGGUCACAGAGCUGACAAGGAGGCUAGAAAAUAAAGCAUAAAUAAAAUCAUUCAUUGAGUUUGGAUUAUCUUGGUUUGCAUUAAGUAUUUUUCUUGAUUUUGUGUGGUUAAAAUUAAGAUCCAGUGUAAAAGGCAAAUCAAAGUGGUUCAUCUGAUUUUAUGACAAAUCGUCAAAGACAUUGGAUCCCUCCCUAACCGUUCAUUCAAAUGAACCGAAUCGUCAAUUUACUAGUUUAGUUGUUCUACUGGCCCAAUUUUUGAUCUGGUUCGAUUCGAUUUUCAGCAACUCUCUUUAUUGAAUUUGCCCUUUUUUAACAACUUUAUAUGCUGACCCAAAAUAAUGAAAUGGUGGAAUUGACUUCAAAAGAGUACACAAGGAACUUGAGUCUGUCCAUUUUUUAGAUAUGCCAAGAAGGCGGUAACCAAACAGACACAAUUACAAGACCGAUUUUAACCACACGCGGUAGUCCGUAAGAAACCGAAUUGCCGAUUUUAUUCAAUAAUUUACCAUUAGAUGGUGUGAUAUUUCGUUAUGUUGGGACAGGGUUACAUGGUGAUGCCAGUAUGAUCUGAUACUUGGUGAAUACAUAUUUAUACAAUGAGUUAUCAAGAGACUGUUUGAUGGUCCAUAUGUUGUGAAUAUAUGAAUUCCUUGAGUUUGAGAUGAUGCAUGUUUCUGGCAUGUGGUGAUGAAUGGAUGUUUAUUUGACUGAAUGAUAUAUAGCAUAUCGGGUGUAUCUUAUGAGUGGGGUUAUCCUGCGAGUAUAACUGGUUACCAAAAUAGUAAUAGUAAUGGGCGGUUCUAUCGUACCUUGGGUAAAAUCAAAAGUAUGACAUACCUUGAGUAGUAAGAAAUGAUAUCUAGACCU